AUGUCAGACAAUACAGAGUCAGAGCCGACGCCAACACAACCAGACGUGACAUCCUCUCAACAAAUGGUUCAUUUGCUUCCCAUUCAGAGCCAAGACAUGACAUCCAGUGAACUCAAUGACAGCCAAAGUCAAGACAAUAAGUCUUUGGCGUCGAGUGAAGACAAGACAUCGAGUGAUCCGAUCCCUAGCGAAGACAUUAUGAAUAGGUCGUUGACAUCGAGUGAACCCAAUCUGAGUCACAGCGAAGACAACAACAAGUCUUUGACAAAAAAGCGCCAAAAAGAAGCGAGUGAUCCGAUCCCUAGCGAAGACAUUAUGAAUAGGUCGUUGACAUCGAGUGAACCCAAUCUGAGUCACAGCGAAGACAACAACAAGUCUUUGACAAAAAGUGCCGAAAAGAGCGCCAAAAAGAAGCGAAAACUGACGCCACAGGAGAAGAAGAGGGCUCUCGAGGAGAGGAAUCGUGUGAUCGCUGAGAGAGAGGCCGAGAAGGAGAGGAAGACGAGGGAAAUACAGGAGAAGAAGGAUUUGUUGGAAAGACAACGACUCGAGAGACAGAAACUGAAAGACGCGGAGAAAGAGAAGAGAGAGAAAGAGAGGGUCGAGAAGGAGAUGGAGAGGCAGCGUAUGAAAGAUGAGAAGCAGAAGGAAAAGGAGGACAGACUUCGCGAGAGGGAAGAGAAGCAAAAGGAGAAGGAUUUGGAGAAACAGAAGAAACUGGAAGAAAUAUCGGAAAAGAAGCGCAAAUUAGAAGAGGAGAAGAGCCGAAGACUGUCUGAGAAACAAAAGGCUUCUGAGGAACAGUUGAAGAAAGAGGAGCGACAAAGACAACUGUUGUCCAACUUCUUCAAGAACUCAGCGAAUCAGUCGUCGAAUCGCAAGAGUGUAUUGACGAGCGAUGAGACGAUUACCAACUCUUUGUUUCUUCCCUUCCAAUUGGGUGCCAAUCAAACCAUAGCGCCGGCGGUUCCAGAGUUUGCCAAAAACCGAUUUAAUAGAGAAGUGUUGGACACUCUGUCUCAGACCCAAGACUCGGAUCAGUUAUAUUUGGAUUCAAUCAAAAGCAUUGAUUACCAUAUAUUUCGAUGCAAUGGCCGCCAAAAGAGUGAGCCGGAGAUCAUCAUUGAGAGCACACCUGAAGGCGAUGACAACGAGAAUCAACCGAAGAGGUACCGCAUAAAGCACCUCCAGUUCCACACCAAUGUUCGGCCGCCCUAUAGGGGAACGUUCCGCAAACGGAGCCAUACUAUCAAAGCCACCCAACCCUUCAAUAGAGACACCGAUGUGUUUGACUACGAAGUGGACAGCGAUGAGGAGUGGGAAGAGGGCGGACCCGGAGAGUCACUCGACGGCUCCGACUCUGACGGCUCUGUUAAGGAUGACUAUGAGAUCGACAAUGAGAUCUUCGUUCCGCACGGAUAUCUGUCCGAAGACGAGAACGAGCAGAACGAGGAUCAACUGAACUCAUCGCUCAAUCAAGACGUCGACAUGACUGACAUGAGUGAUGAUAAAAUAGAUCCAAAGGAUACCAAAUGUCUGCCACUUCUCAAAGAACAAGUAUUAAUGGCUGAACGCAACCGAUGCUUCUCAAGAACUAUGAAUCCAGUGAUCAUCGGAUGUGUUUGGGAAUCAAAUGCUAACAACAAUCAGAAGUCCGUCGAUUUCCUCCAAUCGUUUAGACGGAUAUCUAUUCAAAUCAAAUAA